GACUGGGGUCAAUUCAAGUCAUGCAGGCUGUGAGAAACGUGGGGUCGUGGUUCCUGCGGUCCUGGACUUGGCCCCAGACAGCCGGCAGGGUCGUGGCCAGGACGCCGGCCGGGACCAUCUGCACAGGCGCUCGACAGCUCCAGGACGCUGCGGCCAAGCAGAAAGUUGAACAGAACGCGGCUCCCAGCCACACCAAGUUCAGGUGAGCCCCACUUGGACCAGCCCUCUGGAGACCCGCAACCCCUGACUCUUGCCCGACACCCUCCAGAGUCAGAACCAGUGAAUUUUCAGCUAUGUCACUUGCUAUCCGUGGGACCUUAUGCAAAUAAAUCUGAGCCUCAGCCUUCUCAUCUAAAAAUGCGGAUAAUGCUGAGAGUGGUUGUCAGAAUCAGAUGAGCCGUGGUACAGAGUUAAAUGUUCAGUGAACAUUCGUUAAAUCAGUGAGUGAAUGUGAGAUAUCCAUAACAUGUAUCAGCGUUCUUUUCUUCUGAGAUGGAGAUCUUUUCAGACCAACAACCUUCCCUGCCUCCAAAACAAAAUGGGGAGGUGGAGGGCGCUAGCGAUGGAACAGAUGUUCCUGCACGUCUUACGGAUGGUCUAGGGUGGGUUUUGUGCUCAGCCCUAGGAACUGGCAUCUUGCUUCCCACCAGUGCCACCACCUCUGUAUGCUGUAUACACAUCCACUUAACUUCACAUCCAUUUAACAAACAUUUACCAAGAAUCUACUAUGAGUGAGACACCAUGCUAGGUGCCGUGAAUACAGAUACAAAAGAUCAUUCCUCCCCACAAGUAGUUCACAGUCUUUGAGGGAAGACAAACAUGCAAACAUUUUAACCAUAAUCUGCUCAAUAGUAUAAUGGAGGUAAGCAUUGGUUGGAAGUAUGAAAUCAUAAGUGUCUAACUCCUGGCCGGGUGCAGUAGCUCCUGCCUUUAAUCCCAGCACUUUAGGCGGCCGAGGUGGGCGAAUUACUUGAGGUCAGGAGAUCGAGACCAACCUGGCCAACAUGGCGAAACCCCGUCUCCACUAAAAGCACAAAAACUAGCCAGGCGUGAUGGCUGGCACCUGUAAUCCCAGCCACUCAGGAGGCUGAAGUAGAAGAAUCGCAUGAACCCAGGGAGCGGAGGUUGCAGUGAGCCAAGAUCACGCCACUGUACUCCAGCCUGGGUGACAGAUUGAGACUCUGUCUCAAAGAAAAAAAAAAAAAAGAAUAAGUGUCUCAUUCCUGAGGAAAUCAGGCAAGACCAUGGAGAAAAGAACAUGGAGCUCAGAAGUGAAUGGGAGUUCAUCUGGACAAGUUGAAGUGGGUCAUUGGAGACAAAGCAUUUACCCUCCCAUUCCAGGAGAGGAGAGCUCUCUGAGGUGGGCAGGAAAGAAAUUUGAGGAGAUCCCAAUCGCACACAUUAAAGCAUCCCACAACAACACACAGAUCCAGGUAGUCUCUGCUAGUAAUGAGCCCCUUGCCUUUGCUUCCUGUGGCACAGAGGGAUUUCGGAAUGCCAAGAAGGGCACAGGCAUCGCAGCACAGACAGCAGGCAUAGCCGCAGCGGCGAGAGCUAAACAAAAGGGCGUGAUCCACAUCCGAGUUGUGGUGAAAGGCCUGGGGCCAGGACGCUUGUCUGCCAUGCACGGACUGAUCAUGGGCGGCCUGGAAGUGAUCUCAAUCACAGACAACACCCCAAUCCCACACAAUGGAUGUCGUCCCAGGAAGGCUCGGAAGCUGUGAUGGGAAGGAAGCCUGCACUUGGUCCUGACCUCAAGCCUCAGCUCCAGUGGGACCUUGUAAAAUGCUCCCUGUCAGAGCUCUCCAGAAUAUGCUUGUUGGAGAGCCUUCAGGCAGUAAGGGAGAGUUUUGCCUCCUUACACAGUGGCCUUUGCUUGCACCUCCAGCUGGAGAUGGGUGUGCCCCAGAAGUAAGCUUUGCAUCUCACAAGAGGGGAGCUACAGGGGCAGCCGUGGCCUAGGCCCAAACUCUGCUCUGAGAAAAUAAAUAUCUGUACCAUCUGUCAUAA